AAAAAAACACAUAAUCUACGGUAAAAGAUUAUAUCAUCUUUUCAGAGUUUGAACAACGUAAGAAGUCUUUCAGACAAAGAGAUAAAACCGUGUAUGAAUUUUAGGAAAAGUAUAUUCCAAUGAUGGUAUGAAUCUAUAUUUGUUUUCCAGCGUUUUUGAAUAAAAAUGGAGACUGAACUGCCAAUGUUGAAGAAAUUCCCAUCGAUUCGACCAAGACUCGAUUCGGGUCAUUCGGUUAUCUCAAGAGAAGAUGAUUCCGACAUUGAUCAAGAUCUUAGGUACACAAGCUUGAAAGAUUUGCUCCUGACUUCAUCCCCUCGGCUUCUGGGCUCAACUGAAGGAAGCACUUUUGAUUCUUCCACCAUUUCGAUCCGCAACGAGCUGGUUAAACACGCGGCUUCGGCUUACAUCCAGUCCGCGACGAUUUCCGGGUCCAGCCGGAAUCAAGAUUAUUGGCUCUCCGAGCUUUGUGAUCGCCUCAAUUCUCACUCGGCUUCUCGUUCUUGUUGGCAUGUUUAUGUUAGGAUCCCGCUGCGCGCUUGUUUUCGUCCGGUUUUUAGGUUUUUCGAUUAUGUUAUCAAUGGUCUUGGAAGAAGUGUUUGUUACUGAU